GAGGGGUCGGAAUUUGGUGUAACCUAGGGAGGUGAUCGGAAUUAGGUGGUGGUUAGGGUUUUAGGAGUGCGGAAUUUGGUGGUGGCUAGGGUUUUAAGAGUUGUCGGAAUUAGGGGGGCUAUAUGGGUGGUCGGAAUUUGGUGGCUAGGGUUUUGAGGUCGGAAAUUGGUGAAAGGGGGUCGAAAUCCGGUGUGGGGGCUGUGACUGGGUGCGGUGCGAUGCGGUGUUAGCGGUUAGGUGGUGGGGUCGUUGGUCGUAGUGAUUAGGUGGUGGCUAGGGUUUUGAGGUCGGAAAUUGGUGGAAAGGGGGUCGAAAUCGGUGUGGUGGUUGUGCGGUGCGGUGCGGUGGUUGUUGCUGUGCGUUGCGGUGGUAGUUAUUAGGUGGUGGGGUCGUUGGUCGUAACGGUUAGGUGGUGGGGGCUGGUAGCGGUUAGGUGGGGGGGGGCUGGUCGUAGCGGUCAGGUGGUGGGGCUUGUCGUAGUCGGUCCGGUGGUGGGGUCUCGACGGUGGCAGCAACCACCGGUUGAUGGAUGGGGUUUUUUAAUUUUUUUUUUGUUUUUUUUAAAUUUUUUUUCUAAAGCUUACCCAAUAAUAUGGCGACACGUGUGCAAGGUAGGCCCCACUAACGGAUUUAUGGACGGAAUCCAUUAGUUGGAGGUGAUUGGUGGUAAAACUGAUGUUUAAUUUUUUUAUGAGGUGGUAAAGUAAAUCUUUUUUUUUUAAGGUGGUAAAUUCAAUUAAGUGGUUAUUUGAAGGUGGUAAAAAUCAAAAUUCCCUUUAUUUUAUCUUAUAUUUGGGCCAACAGUUUUGGCGUUGGUUGAGGUUUAACGGUCAGUCGAUUUCACAUAGCCCAAAGGACGUCUUUGUCAUUCCACCCCACCAACAAAUUUCUUCAUUUUUAAUCUUCAAAAGCUUCCAUUUUUAUUCUCCUUCCCUCUUCUUCCUUCUUUUUCGUUCUUCACCUCUGAUCCAUCUGAAUACCUCCAUUCAAUCAAGGUACUCUCUUUUUCUCUCUCCUCUUCUUUCUGAUUUCUUCUCUAUCCCAAAAUCUUAGCUUUUAUUGCAUUUUUAUUUCUAAGUUAGCAGGAUUUCUACCUUUGAUAUCUGAAAUUUGUUGGCAUUUUGAGAAAUAAAUCACUUACUAUUAGGAUUUUCUUGAUAUUAUCAUCUGGGUUUCAUUUGAAAUUGGAAAUGAUGUAAUGGGUAUAUUUUUUUUUUGGAAUGUUUGAGGAAUUGGGCAAUGUUAUAUUGACUUUUAGUACUUGGGAAUAAUUGGGUUUUUGAUAAUUUCUUGUUUUGAUGGGUGAAUUGUGAUUGAGGUGGGAUUUAUAUUAUUUGGGUGAUUGUCGUGAGAAUUAUUUAUCUGGUUAGUUGAUUGAUUAUUUAUGUUAAUGUAGCUAAACUUUGAUGAUGAUGAUUAUGUUGGCUUUUGAAAUUGGUUUAUGGAUUAUGAAUUGUGGCAUUUUUGGUGGUUUUAGGGUCUGAUUUGGGAUGGGAUCAUCUUUAUCGAUUUUGGAACGUUGGAGUUCAGGUUGUUUACAUAAGCUGGAUUGUCAUUUGGUUUUCCCAAUUGAAGUCAUUGGUUUAUUGUAGGAAACCCUUGUAAUUCAAAUUAUAUGGCUGUAAAAGGAUCCUUCCCAAUUAAAGUGGAUAGUAAUGUACAUGGAUUUACCCGCGUGUUAAAAUCAGCUGCGUGCGAGUGGUUGUUGCUAUUUCUCUUGUUACUUGAUGCAGCAUUUUCGUAUUCCCUAACAAAGUUUGCUCAAUACUGUGAGCUACAAUUACCUUGCAUAUUGUGUUCAAGGCUUGACCAUAUUUUAGGAAAAGAAAAUCCGGACUUUUAUGUAAAUCUGCUUUGUAAUAAUCAUAAGUCAGAAAUAUCAUCUUUGAUUUCUUGUCAUAACCAUGGGAAACUUGUUGAUGUUCAUGGAAUGUGUGAAGAAUGUCUGUUGUCGUUUGCAAAGAACGACUCAAAGGAAGAAGCAUACAAAAUUUUGGUAGGUAAGUUGGGAUCAGAAUGUAUUCAGAAACCAUUAGUAAAUUUGGAUAUUAAUUCUGGUUCUUUGACCACAAAGUUCUGCUCAUGUUGUUCAAAGCCAUGGAGAUCUAGACCAAGUGUGCAGAAGAUGGUUCAGUCGAAAUUACCUUCUGCACCUGUUUCUAAUCCUGAGAUUCCUUCACCAAAAUCACCAGGACAUAGAUGUCUAAACAGUCAACAGGGAUUGAAGAAUAGAAGGGAUAGAUUUUUGUUGCCAACUAAACCUCUUGUCCUAGGAAGUAGAGAUCAUGAUUCCUUGUCUCAUGUUGGGUACACUGAAGUAAAGAUCAGUUCAGACUCUGAAUCAGAUUUCCCAUUUUCUGAUGAUGAUGAUCUGAUCAAUGUGCCUCGGAACUGGAAAAUGAAUGAAUUUCUAUCACGACAGGGCUCCAAGUUCACCCCAAAGAGUCAGUAUGCUGAUGUUUUCCCAGCAGUGCAACGUCAGAAAUCAACUCCUGCCACUAGCAAUUUAAUGCUUCUACAUCUUGAGCCUGAAAAAGGUGAAACGACCACUCCAAGGUUUAUAUCUAAUAGUGAUUUAAGGAAGGGCCUUGGAGAGCUAAACUGGCAACAACUUAUAAAAAAAGCAAGUCCUUUAGUACCUGAGCUUGUGUCAUUGGAUGAUAUUCCUUUAUCAUCCAGUGCUCAAAAGGGUUCACCAGCUAUAUCUGCAGAUGAAGGUGACAGAGUUUCUCUCUCAAAUAUGCUUGAUUCUUCUGGUUAUACAGAUUUUAUUUCUCACAAAACUGCUUUGUCAUCUGAAAACGUGCAACUGCCAGCUAGACUAUCAAAAGAGAAUUGUAUCAAAACUAAGGAAAUUGGUGACACAGGACUUACCUCUGCCAUGAAUAAUUGGGAAUCUAUUGAUUUGGAUAGCACCUCAACUCUUUCUUCAAGGAAGGAUGCUGCACUUGUGCCUAAUAACAAUUCUGUCAUUGGUGCAAGAGACCUUGCUCCUAUUACUAUUAAGGACGUUAAAGCUUCAAACCUUUUAUCAGAACAAAUUGGCAGUAGCGCUUGCAAUGUUAUUGAAUCAGAUGAGGAAGUUUCAAAAGUAUCAGACCCCCAAACAGAUUCAUUAUCAAGCAAUAUGUGCCCUCCAGUGAAUGGUCACUCUGAUGAACCACAGAAGAUUCAAAAUCCUAGUUCCAAUGAUACUCUGAUGCCUCCUAAAUCUCCAACAAGUAUGGAGAGGUCUCAGUCCCUUGAAUCUCUAGAAGAAAGUGUAAGUGAAAUUGAAGGUGAAAGUCUUGUUGACAAGUUGAGACGACAGGUUGAAUAUGAUAAGAAAUGUAUAAAAAAUUUGCACAAGGAGCUAGACGAAGAGAGAAAUGCGUCUGCAAUUGCUGCGAAUCAAGCUAUGGCUAUGAUAACUAAGUUGCAAGAGGAGAAGGCUGCUCUUAACAUGGAGGCCCUACAAUAUCUGAGGAUGAUGGAAGAGCAAGCAGAGUAUGAUGUGGAUGCGCUGGAAAAGGCUAAUGAAAUGAUUGCUGAAAAGGACAAAGAAAUACAAGAAUUGGAGGCAGAGCUUGACUAUUUUAGAAUAAAGUAUCCAGAAGAUUUUCCAGAAAUGAAUUAGGAAAUUUUGUUUGCAGAGGUUGCACAAGGCUCCUACUUUGAAAGCACUGAAGUUAAGAGUUCGUAGAAUUGAAGAUAUUAUCACACUGCACAUCCUUGAAUGUCGUACAAUAUCUGGAAGCUUUGCAGGAUUCCUGCUGGAAAAAAUGGACAAAGAAAUUGAAAGCAUCAGCUUGUUGCGAGUGAUUCUGAGAAGAGGCCAUGCUAACUUUCAGCAGCUGCUUAGAUGCCGAGAUGAUUACGUAAAGAAAGUUCUCAUUAAGGUAUCAGCUCAAUACUUUGAUGAAAAUGAUCAGCGAAGUCUGCCAAAUCUUUUGCAUCCUCAUUUUUUGUCUGAGGUGUGUAUACAUUCGAUAGUUGUCAUUGAAGCAGCAGCAGUGGCGUAUCUUGUGGAUAUUCUCAGAACAGAAUUAUCAGACUGUAUACUAGUGUGCAUCUCUUUGAUAUGUUAUCAAUUGUUUUGAGGCUGAAUCCAAUCGGCCAACAUGUAACUGAUUGUAUCUGCCUAUGUAAAUUUUGACCCCAUUGAUUUGGUUUUCUUGUAAUCCUCACAGCUUAGGAAUACCAUUGUUUUCCCAACUACGGAGUACAAAAUAUACUUGGUGUCUUACUUUGCUCA